AACAUCAAAUAGAUUACAGGGGAUUCACUUAUUUAAAGACCUGAGCAAAAGCUCUGCCAUGUAUUUCGGGAUCUUCCAAGAAUAACACAACAACAGCGACUGCGCUUGAGGCACCAGAGGGAUCUAAUUGAAGUGAGUUACCUUUGUAGUAGUUGAGCGGCCAGUGAGUUAGAAGCUUAGUAGGUCAGCUCUGUGUUGUCUUUACCCUGUGUACCACGCAGCUGGGAUCACACACUCUCCCCUGCUGAACAGGGACGUGCUGCACAGAGACGCUCUUGUCCACCAUGGCACUCAGGCUCCUGCCUGCAUUUAGUACAGACAAUGACGAGGACGACGAUGGUAACUUUACAAAAUGGAUGAGUAGUUACUGGGGUCACGGAGCUGAGGGUGGACACACCAAAGAAAGAAAACACAGCUUCAGAAGACCUGCAAGAGCACAAGGUGAUCGAAGAGCAUCACUCCCAACUGUGUCCCAGUUAGACGUCAUGAAGUUGAGCAGGCUCCAUGCAGCGUCGAUGGCACCCUCUCCCAGCCACAUCAAAACAAGAGAGGAGAAGGCGGAGGUCAGACCCCACCAGAGGGCUCGCCGGUCCUCCUCAGACGAAAACAGUCGCCAGAAGAACGCCAUCCCAGAGAACCGUAUCAGCACCAUCCCGGAGCUCACAGAGUCCUUCGAGAGGAGACUUUGUGUCCGUGAUAAGAGGGCCGUGCCUCUGAGCGGUGAUGAGAGGUUGUGUCUGAUCUGUCACGAGGAUAUGCGUACGAACAGAGGCGUACAAGAGCCGCACUGUACACACCGCUUCCACAAAGAGGCGGCUCGCAGGCUAGAGCAGUGUCGGCCCCACGGCAGCGGCAAAGAGGCAGCAGCUUCUCAGGUGAGGAGACUGUCGGACGAGAGGAGGAAGUCUGCAGACGGCCCAAUCUACCUGGAGAACGAGCAGCAGACACUCCGUCGUCAACUUUCCCUGCGGAGACAUCGCUGAUAUUGUUCAGUGGAAGGAGGUGGAGAACAAGAUGGAAGAUGUGAACCCAUGGCCUAAUCAUCAGGCUUAUCUCCCUGUACCUUUACUACUGUAUGGUGUGAGACUCUAGUGGAUCAGCUGAUCAAGUCUCAGGGCCUUGACUUUGUCUGACCUGAUCCUGUGAAGCUGCCCCAUGGGCCCCAUUGCUGUGUCUGCUGUCAUUACGACUCUAUCUCCCCAGUGUCAAAAUCCAAAACAAGGCGGAUUCCGAAUAUGUGAAUGAAGCAUAAUAAUUCAGUGGAAUUUCGAUUGUUUUAUUAGAAAAACUUAAGUAGGGGUUUAGGAAAUGAUCAGUACUUGAAGUUUCCUGCACACUUAUUCCAUAUAAAAUGUUUGCUUAAUUCACCAUGGUCCUAUAUGCUCAGUGAUGACACAGUUAGCUACUAGGUGACAAUCGAUCCAAUAUCUUUCUGUUUAACUCAACAGAUGAUUGUUUUCAACCUAGCAGAACCACAAUCCUUUCAAUAGUGUAAGGGAUAAAACAAAUCCUAUCAUAUUUGAUUUGGCAUAUUCAGUAGAUGUUUAUGUCUAAAGACUUUUAGGAAGAAGUGCAAUAUUACCAAAGAAAUUAAAAGUACUUUGGAUUUUACCAGCUUUAUAACCAUUUGAAAAUCGUUUCAAAAACAUGUGACAUAGAGUCCUCACAGUUCAGGGUCAGGUCAGCGUCGCGCCUGCAUGUAGUCAACACGUCAACACUUACUGUAGGUCAACAAGUUGGAAAUUAACUCCUGGCAUCAGUGAGGGAAAUCGAUGCCUGUGCAAAUCCUUAACAUUCAGCUAGGGUGAAAAUUGGUUUCAACAGAUGUGACAAUAAUGUCAUUUAAAAUGUGUUUCAGUGGAUGGAGCAGUGGCUGUGGAAGAAACAGACGUGUCCUACAUGUCGUGUCCAUGUGUCAAUGCCACAGCUCCUCUACUGGUCAUCUUCCCGCACCAAUGUCCCAUGACGGCCCCUGCCAUGAACGCACGCCUGCAUGAGACCCACUGACCCCAUGACCUCACCCCAGUCCUUCUGCUUAAACCUCUGGGAUGAAUAACUGCACAAGGGUUUUAUUACAUUAGUACUUUAGAGGGAAACUUAUUUCAGUUCUUCUGUCAGGUGAGGCACUGGGCACUCUUUCAAAGUUAAUAAAAUUGUAAAAUAUUGUAAUUUAAGCUCAGACCUUUUAUGAUAUAAAUUUGAGAGGUUUUGUCUGUUUCUCCUCAAUGUCUGGAGACAUUCUGAACAAUGUGUUUUAAGCUAAAAUAAUUGUAGUUUUGUUCAUUUUAAAUACCUUUUGGGAAAUAUAAUCACUAUAUUAAAGUUAAAUGAGGAGAUGAAUCUGCUGCUAUUUGUCUGUUAAAUAUAAAGCAGACUUAAGCUUAGCUCUAAGACCGUAAACAGAGGGAAACAGUUAAGUCUGACUUUGUCCUGAGAUAAUACAUUUCUACAGCAAAGGAAUAUUCCACUACAGAAACCCUGUAAAAGGGAUAAUUCAGGUUUUUAGACAAAAAAUAAAUGAGAAGUUGUUAAUUAGUGACUUUUACAGGUGCUUAGAGGCAAACCUUGUUACCUUUGUAAGGAGCUAGGCCUUUUGCUGAGCUAAGCAGCAGCUGACUCCAUCUACACAUGUACCGUGCUAACACGAGAGCGGUAUAUUCUUGUCUAAUUCUUGGCAAUUCUUUUAAACCGAUCUUGAGCAAAUUACUCACAUAAACCUCACCACAUUAAACCUACCACUUCCAAGUUUUUCCUCAUUUUCAUUUAAUUAAUAGCAAUUUUAACUACUUUAAACCUUUUUUUUAUUCCUCUCCCUUUUCUGGAGAAUAGUUUAAGUGUCAAACUCACUUCAGAGUAUCAACUGUAUAUUGAAUAGUUGCAUAUUCAAUGUGUUUUCUCUGUGCUGUUGUUCCAAGUUGCUGAAAAAUAUAUAAUGGACCAAUGUACUAAUACUCAUAGGCUUAUGAUGAACUGGCUUUGAUGAUCUGAGAGUGAGUGAGCCUACGUGUUCCGUCUCUGCUGUUAUAGAUGUGAACUCCUCCUGAAGCUGUGAGCUUAUCUGACACACAACUUUCCAUCUCUUCCAUCUCCCUGCCUUAUCUGUGCUAUUGUUCUGCAUGUGAGGUCUAGUCAACUGUCGUCACCACUCUUGAGCUUUCAAGCACCUCUGUCCAAAUGAGAGUUUACAGUGUGUUAUACAUGUCUAACAGUAUCGGACUGCAUGUACAUAACAAACAAACAAAAGAAUUAGCGGGCUUUCAAUCUUUAGGAUGUUGAAUACUAGAUUGUAUUUGACCCACAGUAUGUAUUUAUCUGUAUAAUUCAGUCACUAAUCAGUGACUAUAUUGUAUUUAUAUCCAAAAUGUUGGUAAUGUUUCUGGAUGUGUUUGUAUCAAACCAAGAUCAAUCUGUUCACACACUGCAGAUAACAUCUAUUAGGGUUGGUAAAAAUGUAGCUGAGCAAUGUUCAAUUUAUCUAUCCGCUUCAUUUAGUCUUUUACUUACCAUCUUCUCUGUGAGUAACACAUUUGGUUCUUGGACUGAUUAUCUCAUGUGACCUAUUAAAUAUUUUGUUACUGUCCUACGUUGGAAAAGAUUUUUACUAAAAAAGACAAUCCUUGUGUCAAGAAGUUUCACACUGUCACUCACAGAACUGUUCUUCUGUGAAUGCUCUGACCUGUCUUCUUCAAUAAAGACACACUUAUGUGA